AACCAUGGUACCGACGCGACAUGUCUCAAAAGCCCAAACAGAUCGUCAAAAUUCGAAACCCUAAUGCGCCGGAGCACUGUCAAAUCAGGGUUUAUCUACACCUGAAACGAAACGGAUUACGACAACACUAUACGCCCCAACAUUAGCAUCUCACUCUACGGACGGUAUCAGUUACGGGUUUGGACAUUUGUUUUGGAACUGGAAUUAUUUUUUGAGUGGGAUGGUAUAUUAAUGACCCUGCCCAAUUAGCUUUCAGUUGACUUCCACUGAUAUUCUAUAGUAUUUUCAUUUGGGAUGCCUAGAUUUGUUGCUGAGUAACAUUCCAUUCAAAAUCUGAUCACCAGUAUCUCAGUUUCACAUUCAUUGUUGUUUUCUCCUUUUUUCUUUUCUCUUUUCCUUUUCUAUUUUGUUUGUGAAUACAUUGAUCCUAGCUGUAAUGUUGACCUUCCAGGCAUCUAUAUCUACAUUUCAAGAAAUUCAUUGCUUCAUUUUUGCACCUGCUGAGAGAUGUCACCUCUUGUUAUCAUUCAGCAUUCUCUCUUACUUGUCUUUGCUUGUAUCUGUGUAGUAUUUUUCAACCCUUUAUUGAAUUGAUCACAUUGAAACUUCAGCUAUAUCUCAUGGAGCAAAUUCAUUUGAGAUUCUUAUUCUGGAAAUCCACUUGGCCUUUAUUUUUGUUUCCACCUUUCCACAAUUUUCUUCAUUUUAUUGCAAAUGCUUCUGGCUUCUGUGCUUCCAUCAGAGUUGCUGCAAAAACUUAUCUUUCUAGUUAUAUAAGAUGCCGAGGGCCAGAGCUAGUGCUGCAGCUUCUAAGUUAAGGGAACCUGAGAAGAUAAUUGAGACUGAAGAGCAGAUUGACCUUGAUGAAGACAAUGAAGAGGAGGAAGAGGUUGAGUAUGAGGAAGUAGAAGAAGAAGUGGAAAUGGAGGAGGAAGAAGAGGUUGAAGAGGAGGUGGAAGAAGAGGAAGAAGAGGAAAAUGAUGAUGAUGAUGAUGAUGAAGAAGAAGAAGAAAAUGGUUCAGUGAAUGUUGAUCUUGAAGUGGAUGAGAAAAAGCAUAAUGAGCUGCUUGCACUUCCACCUCAUGGUUCAGAGGUUUACAUAGGUGGCAUUAAUCAAGAUGUUUCUGAAGGUGAUAUGAGGCAAUUUUGUGAGUCAAUAGGGGAAGUUACAGAGGUAAGGAUAAUGAAGGGAAAGGAACCAAAUCAGAAUAAAGGGUAUGCUUUUGUCACUUUCAGAACAAAAGAAUUCGCUUCCAAGGCCAUUAAGGAGCUAAACAAUACUGAACUAAAGGGGAGAAAGAUAAAGUGCUCUGAAGCUCAAGCGAAACAUCGGCUGUUCAUUGGUAACAUUCCCAGAAACUGGGGGGAGGAAGAUCUGAAGAGGGUUGUGACCAAGAUUGGGCCUGGUGCUAUUAAUGUGGAAUUGGUUAAAGAUCCACAGAACUCAAGUCGAAAUCGUGGAUUUGCAUUUAUUGAGUACUAUAAUAAUGCAUGUGCUGAAUAUUCACGACAGAAAAUGUCUAAUCCAAAAUUUAAGCUUGAUGACAAUGCUCCGACUGUGAGCUGGGCAGACCCAAAAAACACAGAUUCUUCAUCUUCUUCUUCACAGGUUAAAGCUGUAUAUGUAAAGAACUUGCCCAGAAAUAUUACUCAAGAUCAGUUGAAAAAUGUAUUUGAACAUCAUGGGAAGAUUACUAAAGUUGUUCUACCACCAGCUAAAGCUGGGCAUGAAGAGAGUAGAUAUGGUUUUGUUCACUUUGCUGAAAGAUCAAGUGCCAUGAAGGCCCUGAAGAACACUGAGAAAUAUGAAAUUGAUGGUAAAGUUCUGGACUGCUCACUUGCAAAGCCACAGGCAGAUCAGAAAUCUUCUGGACCAUCAAUUUCGCAGAAAGGAGUUACACUUCCGACCUAUCCACCUCAUGUUGGAUAUGGCAUGAUUGGAGCUCCUUACGGUGCUGUAGGUGCAGGAAUUGCCCAGCCAUUACUUUAUGGAAGAGGAGCUUCACCUGCUGGCUUGGCAAUGAUGCCAAUGCUUUUGCCCGAUGGAAGGAUUGGAUAUGUCUUGCAACAACCAGGAGUUCUGCACACACCGCCACCUGCAGCACGAGGCAGCCAUGGCAGCAGUGGCCGAGGUUCAAGUGGAGGAAGGCGUGGUGGUGGUGACAGUGGGCGUGGGCGUGGGCGUGGUAGAAGCCGAUAUAACCCUUACUAACUUGCCCACACGCAAUUGGCUCGAGUGGUUGUGGUUCCGACCGCAAUGAAUGAAAUGUAUCUUCUUAAUGUAUUAGCAAUUUGACUAAAAGAGUCUGCUGCCCUGCCCUGCCCUGUCCUCUAGGUGAGGUGACCUCCAUGUCAAAAGGCCACAUUCUUAAUGGACUGACUAUAUGUAUCUUAUCUGAUGUAGUCCGUCUGUUAGCCUUGUGUACUUUCUAAGGCAAUGAAUGAUGUUAUUCUAAAGUCUAGUCUGUUGGUGAUAAUUAUUAUAUACCAGAUUGCCAGUUUGUAGUAAGUUCCAUUUUUUUGGUCUCGUA